UCUUGGAGUGCCAACGACCAGCCUGGGAUUCAGCAGUUCACGACUAGAAGCAGUUCACGAUGAAAUUCCUCCUCUCCCUCGUCAUCUUCUACCUCCUCGCAGCCGCAUGUUGCGCCAGUUUUCUCCCUUCCCCCAUCGGAGUAAUCGCCAAUGGCUUUCGGAGUCUCGCCGAAGCCAAGAUCUCGACGGCGGGCAAGAUCGUCUCCUACAUCACCGGUGACCGCCCUGUCAAGGCCAGCGUAGCUCUGGACGUCGGAGACAAACCCCAGGAAUACCACGAGCUCAUCGAGGAGCCCGCAGUCGAGACUCAAGUGGAGGAACCCUCGGGUUACGAAGUCACCCAGAGGUCUCACCUGCCCGACCUCAGCGCCGCCCUGUACGCGAUUAAGCUCGGUGAACAGUUGCACGCGGCGUACCCUAUUUCUGGCGCCAUCCCCCUCAAUGUUCACGACUUUAAGGACAGCGUACCAGCAGGCAACACUGGUGGUCAACUCAUGGCCGUCUCCAUGAUACAUCAGUACCAACCCCAGUACCAGGGUCAAUACACCUGGGCACCCGCCCCAUACCAGCAAACCCCCGUCGCUGAGCAGGCAUCCCUCGAAGCUGAACAGGGAGGCGCUGAAGAGCAACAAAAGCCAGUACCUUCGGAACAAGCCUCUGCUAAUCCUGCCGGCCAAGUCCCAUACUACAUGUACCCGCAAGUUCCAGCUGAAAAGCAGACUGUUCCUGGGGCACAGGCCCAACUGGCACCUUCUGGACCUCACGGACAAUAUCAGCUGCUUCCCUACGUACCGGCACAGUACUACAUGUACCCUCAAGUUUCAGCGCAACAGCAGGGUGCUGCAGGAAGCAAGGUUGAAGUUGGUGCUCAGAAUCAGCAAGCCUACAAGUGGAAUCUCGCAGAUCAAGGAUGGGUUGUCCCCCAGGAGGUAAUGAACUAUUACCUUCAACAAGCUCAGACUCUACCCGAAAAAUCCGCGGAAUCUAGCAACGCUGAGCAAAGCCAGGCGUCUUCUGCACAAGCUCCGUCCGUUCGGUCUCCAGGCCAUGCCUACCAGAUCUACCCGUACGGUCCAAUCAAGAUCCCAGCCGACGCCAUGACGCAGCGAGUACCAUUCGAGGCCUACUACCCGGCGUCGCACCAGAUGGGAGUAACUGGAAUGCAAGACUACAUGGCCCAGUUCCUGAACAUGUACGCCAAGCAAAGUCAGGCAUCCGGUGCCUCGAUGCCACCCGCCAUUCCCGGAAGCCAACUCCCUGAAGCGUUGCAGACUUCAGAAAUGACCAGUGUCGAAGGGAUGCCCGAAGAGGACAUGCUCCCAACACCACGUGAAGACGUCAGUGGCGAAGAAUCCUCCUUGGACUUCGUUACGGGGCAUCCCGAAGAAGCAGCGACCAGUCCCGCGGAAGACGUGGAGAACGAGACCCUCUCCCGUGACACCCGCAGUGCUGACGAGGCCACUCCAAGCGAGGUUCGACUCAGUGAUGAUGACGUCGAGGCGUACUUCCUAUUCAUCAAGCAGUACGACGACAACGAGUGCAUGGCAAGGCUCAUUUGCGAAGUGGCUCAUGACCCAACCGAUUUUGGAAUCUACGGCAGACAAAUCAGCCAUUUCUUCAGCGAGUACGAACCCGUGGAGUCCCAGACCGCCGGUACCUACUACAAGAUGGCCGCUGAGGAAGGACAGUCAAGCAAGGACUCCAACGAAUGCGCCUCCAAGUACAGAGGAUGCGGUGUACAUUCCGCAGCACUCAGGGGUCUAACCACGGGAGAGUUCUAGAGAUUAUAUCGCCCAUAUAUCAUGUACAGAUAGAUAGAGAGCUAUAGUUAUCGUCAAUUGGAAGUCAUAUUAUACGCAUCUUCAUAUAC